GGUAUAAGUUAAUCAUCCAUUCUUUUAUGUACUCGAUAGACGUCAGAAUCAUCCGUAGAAUCAUCGGUAACAAGUCGGAGCCGAGCGACGGACCCGACACUCCUCGUGCAAUGAUCGACGUGUCGUGUUGAUCAAUUAAUAAAUAGUCGAAUCUGUAGUGGAUUAAUUCGGUAGCGGAUAGAUCAUUUAUCAACAAUGGCUGCAGGUGGUAGUAGCUUUAUCAGUAAACCAGCUAGAGGAUGGUUGCAUCCAGAUCAUUUAGUAAGUAAGGAAGGAAUUAGUUACACAGUGAAGUAUAUUGGAUGUCUUGAAGUAAAAACGUCUAUGAAAAGUUUAGAUUUUGAAACACGUUCGUGCGUAGCUAAAGAAUGCAUAAACAGAGUUUGCGAAGCUGCCGGAUUAAAGUCUGCUGACAAAAAGAGAAGGGUUGAUGAAAAAGUAUUAAGAGCCAUAGCAAAUAAACCUUGUAUGGAUUAUAGCGCUGCUAAUGUUACUUUAACCAUUAGCAGUUGCAGUUUAUCCUUGACUAAUAUUGAUACUGGACACAUUAUUGCGAAACAUGAUAUGCCACGUAUAUCUUUUGCUUCAGGCGGUGAUACGGAAAUACUAGAUUUUGUUGCAUAUGUUGCUAAAAAUAUGCAAGAAUGGCGUGCUUGUUACGUGCUUGAAUGUACAGGUGGUUUAGCACAGGAUGUUAUAUCCACUAUUGGACAAGCAUUUGAACUCAGGUUUAAAGAAUUUCUUACAAAACCAAGUUCCCUGCACCCUGUACUAAACGGUGUCAGGGAAGUAGACAGGGAUUAUUACAAUGAUCUACCAGGGAAAGUACCUCCUGAUAUUGGCCCACCGCCAGUACCUCCCUUGCCUAAUACAGCAUCUACACUGCCUAAUCUAAAGCAUCAUCAAAAUAAUGCAUCACGUACUCACGUACAAAAUAUUGCAGUUGAUUCAUUCCCAUCUGCUGCAGACAGACAUCAGCAGUUGGCAGAAACUGGGAACCUAAUUGAUUUAAAUUCAGAUAGCACUAUAUCCCCAUCAACGAAUUUAAAUAUAAUGUCUGAGCAUAAUUAUGUGAAUGACAGUGUCAUAGCUGCAAACAGAGACAAUCAUCGUGAUCCGACAUCACUUUUUGAUGUUUUUGAUAUGCAGCCGUUCAGUUCUGCAAUAUCGGAUAUGAAUAGACUAAGUCCUCGAUCACAGAAACAGCAAUUAAAACAAGAAAUUUGGUUUCACGGAUGUGUUAGCCGAUCUGAAGCAGAAUCUAUGCUUACUAGAGAUGGCGACUUUUUAGUUCGAGAGUCACAAGGUUCUCCUGGCCAGUAUGUUCUGACUGGAAUGAAUAAUAAUAUCCCAAAACAUUUGUUACUAAUUGAUCCUGAAGGCGUCGUUCGCACAAAAGAUCGCGUAUUUGAUAGCGUAAGUCAUUUAGUGAAUCAUCAUUGUGACAACAUAUUGCCUAUCAUAUCGGCUGAUAGUGUUUUAGUACUGCGUUACCCCAUCCCUAGGCAUACAAAUUAUUGAUUUUAAAUGUAGAACAAUGACUAAGGGCGUAGACUUGGACAAAGAUUUUCUGAAUAGUUAUUUUGCAUAUCUUUGCAUGUGAAAAUCUUUGACAAGUCUUGGCUUUUUGUGAUAUUUUUAAAAUCAGUUAUACAUACUUCAAAAGAUAUGGUUUGUAGUAUCUUUUUAUUGUAUAUGAAUAGAUGAUUUAUGAAUAUCUCUCUGUGAAUCUCCUUAUGAAAUGUGCCAACCUAUAUAUACCUAUAACCAAAGUAAUAUAAUUUUUAUAAUUUAU